GACGUCGGGCACGCCCACCGGACGGUGCAUGAAGGUGGAGUUCCGGCAACAUGGAGGCGAUCGUCAGUGAGACCGUGUCUCCCGGGGACCUGCUGAAGUUUGAGAAGAAGUACAACCAGGAGUUGAAGCAGGGCUCCCUGUCCAGAGGCACGCAGUUUGAAUACGCCUGGUGCCUGAUCCGGAGCAAGUACCCUGGAGACAUUAUUAAAGGAGUCGCCAUUUUGGAAGAGUUGUAUCCUAUUGCAACCAAAGAGGAACAGAGAGAUUACAUGUUCUACUUGGCUGUUGGGAAUUAUCGGUUGAAGGAGUACGAGAAGGCGUUGAAGUUCAUCCGCACCAUGUUGAAAAAUGAGCCACGCAACCAGCAGUGCUUGGAACUGGAGAAACUCAUCAACAAGAAGAUGCAGAGAGAUGGUCUGCUGGGCAUGGCGAUCGUUGGAGGUGCCAUCGUUGGCCUGGCUGGGAUGGCGGGGCUGAUCGGACUGGCCGUGAGCAAGGGCAAGUCCUGACCCACGUGGCGGGCGAAGGUGCCAACGCCCCCCUCCAGCCAUCUUGCCUCUCGUCUCACACUGAAGCAACUAGAUACGGACUCUUGGGUUGACCGGAUUUUUUUCUGCAUCAAAGCUUAAUGAUGGAAGUGAUUGUUUGAUGUACGUAUAAUAUUUAAUUACCUAAUAUUGUAUCAUUGACUGUCCCUUCAGCGGUGGUCCAGUUAUUCCUUCGGGAAGAAGAAGACUGCGCCAAACGUUGUAAAUAACUGCUUUCUAAAAUGAAUAAACGUAGCCACGGAGUUUG